CCAGCAACCCAGCCCAUCCCAGCCAGUGGCCACCGAGUCCCCGCCUUCCCUGCGCCGCGCUGGGAGAGGGGAGCGCAGGCGGCGGCGGUGCUAUGCAAAUACAGGAUGAGAUCAGCCCGGAGAGCAACUGGCCGGGCAACUUCAGAGCAGGACUCUCGCCCGAGUCGGUGGCAGCGUCGAGGCUCCUGACUUUCCCCGGGUCCGAUUCCCACGCCUCCUCCCUUCUCCUUCUCCUCCUCCUUCUGGGAACCACCUUUGCUCCGAUACGAAGUGGAUUAUAUUAUUAUUACCACCACCACCAUCCACCGAGCCAUCGGCCGGAUUGAGGCUGGAUGCCUUGUGUUUCGCUGUGUGUUUUGGUGGAGGUCAUACGGCUCGCUUGAUUGGGUUCCCGUCCUAGAGGGGGAUUUUUUAAUUUUUUUUUUUUAAAAAACCGAUGUUUUCCUUGGAACAGGACAAGCCAGAAAAGGCAUGAAGACGCAGAGUUUUGGGGUAUAGCCUGAAAGCCCAGAGACCACAAUGGGACCCAUCAUAGUCUGCUUGCUGCUCUUGCCUUCUGUUGUUGUGUCCGAGUUAGAAGAGCACUUUGAUCCAGCUAAGUGCCGCUAUGCAUUGGGCAUGCAAGAUCGCACCAUCCCCGACGAGGCUCUCUCGGCUUCCAGCUCCUGGUCUGAGUCAACGGCUGCUAAACACAGCAGGUUAGGGUUAAAUGAGGGGGAUGGCGCCUGGUGUCCUGCAGGGCCCGUUUAUCCCAACGAUGCCGAGUACCUGGAGAUUGACCUCGGUCGUCUCCACUUCUUAACCUUGGUGGGGACGCAAGGUCGGCAUGCCAGUGGCCAUGGCAAGGAGUUUGCCCGUGCUUACCGACUCCAUUACAGCCGCGAUGGGCACCGCUGGAUGCCUUGGCGUGACCGGUGGGGUAACGAGGUGAUUUCGGGUAAUGAAAACACAAAGGAUGUGGUCCUGAAGGAUCUGGGCCCACCAGUCAUUGCUCGAUACGUCCGCUUCUACCCACGAGCAGACCGUGUCAUGAGCAUCUGCCUGCGUGUGGAGCUGUAUGGCUGUGUCUGGAAAGAUGGCCUUCAGUCGUACACAGCCCCACUGGGCCAUGUCAUGCCCCUGGCUCCAGAACCUGUCUCCUUGAACGACUCCACGUACGAUGGACACACUAUCCACAAGUUGCACUUUGGGGGCCUUGGCCAGCUGACCGAUGGGGUGGUAGGCCUGGACGAUUUCACCCAGACCAAAGAGCUGCGGGUUUGGCCAGGAUACGACUACGUGGGCUGGAGGAACAGCUCUUUCCCCGACGGCUUUGUCGAGAUGGAGUUCGAGUUUGAUCAACUCCGAACCUUUACCUACAUGAAGGUCCACUGUAACAACAUGCACACCCACGGGGUGAGCAUCUUCCGGCAGGUGGACUGCCUCUUCAAGCGCAGCCUGGCCACAGCCUGGGAGGCCACCCCUGUCUCCCUGCAGCUUGCUGUGGAUGUGAAGAACCCCAGCGCACGGACCCUGACGGUGCCUCUCGAGGGGCGACUGGCCUUGUUCAUCCAGUGCCAUUUUCACUUCGCCAGCGAGUGGAUGCUCUUCAGUGAAAUAGCCUUUCUCUCCGACAUUGUUGAUGAUCCUCCUCUCUCCUCAUCAACCCGCCGGCCUCCAGGAGUGCCCCUCCCGCGUCCUUCAGGUCGUAACACCCCCAUCUCCACAGCCCUGGGAUCUCCAGUGAAUGAAAAGAAUGAUGUCAGCUCAAACCUCACCAUCCAAGGUACUGAAAUUCAAGGGGAACCAAAAUCAGGCCAGCCCAUUGCCAAGGAUGAUAACAGCAACACCUCCAUCCUGAUUGGAUGCCUGGUAGCCAUCAUCCUGCUUCUGUUGGUCGUGAUCUUCCUCAUCCUUUGGAGGCAAUAUUGGCAAAAGAUCUUGGGAAAGGCACAACGCCGAAUCUCUGACGAUGACCUCACUGUUCACCUCUCUGCCCCGACCGACACCAUCGUCAUCAACAACACCAUGGGCUCCCACCGGCACUCCAACCGCUACGAGCGUAUCCACUCUGGGGAGACGGAAUACCAGGAGCCCAACAGGGCCCGCAUGAAACUGCCCGACCUGCCCCACAGCACCGAGAACUCGGCUCUGCUGCUCAGCAACCCGGCUUACCAUCUCUUCCUGGCCACUUAUGCCCAGCCUAUGGGAAGGCCUGCUUUCCCGCCACCCAACCGGGUUAAGCCCAUCAACACCAAUGCCUGUGGGGUUGACUACAUGGAGCCUGAGAUGGCCGGCAGCCAACCGGGCUUCCAGAACAACGUCCCCCAUUACGCAGAAGCUGACAUCAUUAACCUGCAGGGGGUGACUGGGGGAAACACUUACGCUGUGCCAGCCGUUGCUGUGGAUGCCCUGACCGGCAAGGACAUGGCCUUGGGCGAGUUUCCCCGGGAGCGGCUCGUUUUCAAGGAAAAGCUCGGGGAAGGGCAGUUUGGAGAGGUUCAUUUGUGUGAGGUAGAAAACCCUCAGGACCUUCCCAGCUUGGAGUUCCCGUUCAAUGUGCGCAAGGGGCGCCCUCUGCUGGUGGCCGUGAAGAUUCUGCGGUCUGAUGCCACUAAGAAUGCAAGGAAUGACUUCCUGAAGGAGGUGAAGAUCAUGUCUCGCCUGAAGGACCCCAACAUUGUGAGGCUGCUGGGUGUUUGCGUCCAGGAUGACCCUCUCUGCAUGAUCACGGAGUACAUGGAGAACGGCGACCUCAACCAGUUCCUUAGUGGGCAUGAACUGGAAGACAAGCUGGGCGGUAGCCCUAGUGGGAAACCGACCAUCAGCUAUCCAACCCUGGUCCAUGUGGGUGCCCAGAUUGCCUCGGGAAUGGCCUUCCUGGCCUCUCUCAACUUCGUCCACCGGGAUCUGGCCACGCGAAACUGCCUAGUGGGCGAAGGGUUCACCAUCAAGAUUGCAGACUUCGGCAUGAGUCGGAAUCUCUACGCCGGGGACUAUUACCGCAUCCAGGGCAGGGCAGUGCUGCCGAUCCGCUGGAUGGCGUGGGAGUGCAUCCUCAUGGGGAAGUUCACUACGGCCAGCGAUGUCUGGGCCUUUGGCGUCACACUCUGGGAGGUGCUUAUGUUGUGCCAGGAGCAGCCUUACAGCCAGCUCACCGAUGAAGCCGUCAUCGAGAACGCGGGUGAAUUUUUCCGGCACCAAGGCAAACAGGUCUAUCUCUCCCGUCCUCCAGCCUGCCCCUUGGCUGUCUACGAGGUGAUGCUGAGAUGCUGGGCCCGAGAGGCCAAGGACCGCCCGCCUUUCCAACACUUGCACCGCUUCCUGACUGAGGAUGCCCUCAAUAUGGUGUGAAGCCAGCCUGACCCACUGGCCAUUAGAGGCUACACUAGGGAGUCAGGCGGCAACCCAAAGACCGCUGGGGGCAAGGUGUGCCUUGGGGAAGGGGGUUUCUUGUGCUAGAGUCUACGGGGGUGGCCAUGGGGACAUUUGUCCUUCCCAAGCCCAGCCAUGGCCCGCCCACUGCCCUGCCACUCACCUCCCCAAAUGCGUCAUUCUUUACCCACUUGCUUGUUCUCCUCUCACUCUCUGCUGCCUGUUCACCGUCUACCCAUUUCAUGAUCCAGGCAUGCCAGGCCGAUAUUUGUUCAGCUCUCUGCUUCUCUAUUUUUCCAGUCUACCAAGCCACAGACACAUUUCAUUUUCUUCUUUUCUUGCCCCCAUCUCUAUCUCAUCCUUUUAUCUUCAGUUUACCUUAUCAGCAGACUUCAUGGGUACCUGCGCUUGCCUGCGCAUCCUUUAUUUGCGCACGCAAAUGACCUCUGCAUUCUCGUCAUCGAUCCAUCCUUUGUGAGUGGUGUUGCUUCUCCGUGUAUCUGUCACACCGUUUCCUCCCUCUUUUUAAUUUCUGGGUUCUCAAAGUGUGAGUGGAAGCCACUCUUGAGGGAGAACGGCUUUGUGCUAGGUGGCACCUUAGGAGCAGCUCCCUGACAACAUUCCUCCAAGAGGUGUAAUAUAUGUUCUGAUUGUCCCAUCAAGUAGAAUCCAGUUGCUUGUAUUCCUGUCAGUUCACGGUUGUUGAUGAGGUUACUGAAACAGGAUGAAAUGAUCUUUAUUUAGGCCUUGUGCCUCCAACUUGCUGGGCCCAAUGUCACAAUGUACCCGUUUUGAAUUAUUAUUUCUUCUUCUCGUCUCUCCUCUUAAUUUCCUGUGAUUGUCUCUUUGAUGUGCCUUCAACACAGUGGUUGUCAAAAUGCCGGGUAACACGUCCAGCCCUGAGGGAGCGUGAAAUAGCUGUAUGGAGAGGGGAUAUCAAAAAUUCUAGGAAAGGGUGAAAACCUGAGGGGUAUGGAGCCUUCUCUUAUCACCUAAGACAUUAAUUAUUUGACCGCCCUUCCCAAGAGAGGUUCUGCCCUGAUCUGCAUUAUGGGAAGAAUGGCUCCUUGGGCCUGCAUUUUAUUUGAGAAGAGCUGCUACUUUGUUGUAAAUGAAGUUUUUCUUCUGUAUGUGGUCCCAAGGGGCCUUGAGGACCCCUCUCGGACAAAGGUGUGCAGUGUGGUUGUUGGCCUGCAGCUCACAGAAUCCAACAGCUAAGUUAUUGGCCGUAGAGUCCCUCCGCCUCACAAACACAACUAUGCUCCAAAGACAGCAUGUGUGUGAUCAUUAAACUCUGACCUAGAAGAUGCAGCAGGAGCCUGCAAAGAUGGCUCUACAGGCUGUGGGGAGAGUAGAUGAGCUGAUUUGUAGAA